AAAGGAUGUGGUCAUUCCAAGACAGAAAAUUCAAGUUGGCUACAAUUUCCUAGAGCAUACGGCACAGGGCUGGGUUGGGCUGGGUACAAGAACAGGAAAGAACUCAGCUGGGUUGGGAGAGCUGUAGGGGGAACAAAGUUCCAAAUGCAUACUGUGAAACAAAGCAGCCUGGGGGCCAAGGCCUGCUUAGGAAGAAGGGUGUAGCGGAGGCCCGGUGUCUGCAUGGGCGAUUCCAGGUGAGGGGCGUGUUCCCCAGCGCCUCUGUGGGGAGCCUGAUUCGACUGGGCGUGUCUCUUGCCAGCGUCUCCUUUUCACUGAGUGGCCUCCUGGGUGUCAGCUUGCAAAGUCACUGCUUCAUCCUGCUUGCUCCGAGCGAAUUAGGGUCUCUUCAAAGCAGAAGGACGAGCCAAGGACUUCUUUCUCAGGCACAGGGGCAUCAAGAGAUCGACACUCCUCUAGCCCAGCGGGACAACUUUUCUUGAACACUGCCUGGCUGAGGGUCUGCACGGACUAGCGCCAACAAAGGUCAUUUGCUCCCUUACAUUUGCUCCCUUACUCUCAACUCGUUCCAGGGACCCCCCUGGUGAUUGGCAGUCAGUCGGGUCUCAGAGCCAGGCCCUUGGCCUGGGCCACUUCCUCCCCGACCCGGGUCUUUGGUUCGCAGCCAAGCAGUCGGGGCGCGGGGCGGGGCGCGUCCCGGAGGCCUAGGCGGCGCGCUAUUCCUGUCGCUGUGAGCUACUGGCAUGUUAUGUGCAGCGCCCAAUCAAGUCUCCAACAAGCCGCACUAACCCGCGCCCUCCCUCCGUUCCUAAUCCCCCAAGCUUUGAUUUGAUCCCCUGCGUGGAACAAGCUCACCCCUCCUGCCCCAUAGUCACUUUGUCCCCGGCUCUCACGGGUGCUCAGAGAACCGUCCUGCUUGUCCACCCCCAGAAGAGCAGAGCCCUCUUCCCACACUCCUGACGUCUGGAGUCAGGGCCGCAUCUGCACGUUUGGGCCGUCGGAGAUCCAGCAUCCACGCUGUCCACCGGCAGCUCGGGCUUUCCAGGUGAUGGUGCGCGGCCACCGCCGCCCCUGGCGCGAAGGUGCGGGCUCCCCAAACUGGGACGGGGAGGGGGCUUUGGGCAACGCGCUGGCAGUUUCCGCAGCGGCUGAAACCAAGCUCAGCAACUCCCAGACGACUUCACAUUCCGCAGCCUCUGCUACUAGGGGCUUUUGGCAACCAUUCUCGGAUCGGAUUUUCUCCGAGUGGGGCACGGUGCGACUGGUGGAUCCAGGUGAAGGUGCCCUGGGUUUUAAGUUGAGCAGGCAAAAAUGGGGCUCUACUAGGGGCUCUGCAGAGCACGCAAGGGUCUUGCAGACUCCGAGUCCCGGGAUGCCUCAGUUUGCGCCCAGCUGGAUCCAUUUCCCGCCUGGCUGUUUCCCGCCCUGGGCAUCAUGAGUUAUUUCCUGUCUUACUGCAAAGCUCACAGCGGAGCGCUGCUCACCGGCUACCAGACCCUGCGCGCUGAGGGCUUCUUGUGCGAUGUGACCCUGGAGGCUGAGGGCAGCGAGUUCCCGGCACACAAGUCGCUCCUGGCAUGCUCCAGUGACUACUUCAGAGCUCUGUUCAAGAGUCACACACAGGAAUCCCGGGCGCGCGUGAUCCACCUGCACGUGCCAUCGGCGGCUGGCUUACAGCGCCUGCUGGACUUCAUCUACACGGCCUGGCUGCCGCUCUCCAUGGACACUGUGGAGGACACUCUGGAGGCUGCUAGCUAUCUGCAAGUCACUGAUGCCCUGGGUCUGUGUGGCCGCUACCUGGAGCGCCAACUGGCCCUAGAAAAUUGCUGUUUCACGGCUAAUGUGGCAGCUCGCUUCGGCCUGGCGCAAACGCUGGGUGUGGCUGAGCGCUGCUUGGUGCACCACCUCCGGGAUCUACUAUGGCUGGGUGUAGGCCCUGCUGGGCUACUGGAACUCAAUCCAGCAUCCCUGAGGGCCGUGUUGGGGGCCUCCGAUGUGGCAUGCGUGCCCGAGGCUCAGCUUCUGGGCUUGGCACUGGCCUGGCUGCGGCAGGAGCCCACAGUCGAACGCCAGGAGCACAGCUCAACGCUGUUAGAAUGCAUCCGCUUCGGCCUCGUGCCUGCCAAUGUGCUGCGGCGCGUAUACUCCGGCUCUGGCCUUGUGCUGCCUCCCCGCGUCAAGGGCCUCAUUAUCCAGGCCCUAAACUACCACACGGCACCCUCCCGCCAGCCGCUUGUGCAGAGUGUACAAACCAGCAUCCGAAAUCCCCAGACACGCAUCUUGUUGGUUGGGGGACGCAGGGCCCAGGAAGCUGUGACUGAAGAGGUCUUGGCUCCUCGAGUGGCAGCCAGGGACAGGGGCGCCAUGGCUGAGCCAGAGGAGGAGGAAGAGGAAGAGGAUGAAGAAACAGAAGUGGAGGAAGAAAAGGACUGGGAGCUCACCCAGGAUGUGGUGGCCUUCGACGUAUACAAUCACCGCUGGCACAGCCUUACACAGCUGCCAACACCUCUGUUGGGACACAGCGUGUGUACUAUGGGCAACUUCUUAUUUGUGCUGGGUGGGGAAACCCCUUUGGGCAGUGCCUCUACUCCCCAGGCCAAUGAGCCACGGGUGGUGACAGCUCAAGUGCACCGUUACGACCCGCGCUUCCACGUGUGGACAGCAGUGCCUGCCAUGAGAGAAGCGCGAGCCUACUUCUGGUGCGGCGUGGUGGGCGACAAUCUCUUAGCCGUUGGAGGCCUGGGCAUAGGCGGCGAGGCCCUGGCCUCGGCUGAGAUGUACGACCUACGCAGGGACCGCUGGACUGCAGCCACGGAGCUGCCAAGAGCCUUGCAUGGUCAUGCUGGGGCCGUUGGGGACCGCGGCAUUGUGUACAUCUCUGGGGGCAAGGCAGGGAGAGGUGAGGGUGGAGCCAGUAGCCUCCGUGACUUGUAUGCCCUCGGCCCUGGGGAGCAGGCAUGGCACAAAAGGGCACCUAUGAGCACGGCCCGCUUUGGGCACCACCUAGCAGUGCUGCGGGGCGCCGUGUUUGCCUUUCUGGGUAGAUACGAGCCCUUCUCUGAGAUUGAGCGCUAUGACCCUGACACAGACCAGUGGACUCGGUUGCGGCCCCUACCCUAUGACCGCUUCUGUUAUGGGCUGGCCGUGGUGGAGGACACUGUGCUCCUUUUGGGUGGCCUCAAGUGGCGGGACUCACGCCAGGUACCCACCCGUAACGUGGUGGGCUAUGACCUCGACCUAGACCGCUGGGAGGACAUCAGCUGUGUUCUGCCCUGGGCCUGGGAUGGUCUGCAGUGCGCGGUGCUGCAGCUGGCUGAGAGUGAGGACGAGAGGGGGGAAGAGGCUGGCAAGGUGUUAGACUUGGUUUUAGGCUGAAUGGCCUCAUCCAGUCUCUGGAGGACAUGGGAGGCAGUCCUGUCUGACUGGGUUUAGAGAGCAACAGAAGGGCUUUUUCUAAGUGUGGGAUUCUGGUAGCAAAAGGGCGUCUGGAGGCUCAAAAGGCAAAUGAGGCCUUGGCCAAAGACAAACAGUUCCUCUUGAGCUGAGAAUGGGAGACAGGAGAGGUCACACAGAAAGAUUUACGAGUCAGCUUCAGCAAGCUAGUGAUUUUUACAGACGCACACUGGGCUCAACACUCACCUUUCAGAAAUAAAAUAUGACCUUAUUUCCCCUCUUAAGAAAUGUUUCCCUAGAUGCCAAUUAGUGAUUACUUUUGUGCACCCCCUAAAAGCCAAAAAGUAACAUUUCCUCAAACUUCAGAAAAUUACUGUUUAUAGUCUGUGUAACAAACAGUACUAGAAGACGGCAUUGCCCAAAUAAAGAAGGGAAAACUGCCUUGGUUAAACAGUAGGAAGUAUCUGUGAGAACAAUAAUUAUAUGAUUCAGAGAUAAAGAGUAAUAUGGAACUAAAGAAAAAAAAUCCGACUCCCCCUAAAGCACUUUCUUUUUUGACAAGAUAACCUUGCUUAAAUUUUGUCCCACUCCUAGUCUGUUUUUGUGCUGGCUUUAGGCAACUCUGGUUUAAAGUCAUACUUCAGGAGCCACAGUAAGCUAUAUUUGUAAAAAACAAAACAAAACAAAACAUAUUUUUGGUGGUCCCCUCCUACCACUUCUGUGAAAGAAUCACAGAGAAGGGGAAGAAGAGAUGAUGUUUCAAAUUUGUGUCAGGUAUGUGAGAAACAAGCAUGAUUUUUCAAGGUCUCAGAGAGGAUACUUGUAAGCUCUGAGCAGGUGCUGCUUCUGGCUUGUUUUGCCAGUGAAAUGGCAAUGGUAGAACCCAUAACUGGAGUGAUGCUAGUAUUUGGAUUACAUCACAGAGAAAUGUAGUAAGGACUUUGCGUGAAUAAAGCAGGUGCUUUAUAAGGGUGCGUUAAGAGCUGAAUUUAUUUGACUUUAAUUUACAGUGCUGCCUCUCUCCUAGAUUUGAAACUAAUGAAAUAAAUUGUACAGAUAUAUAGUGUUAAAAGGCGUCUUUCAUGCUAGGCUAGCCACGAGUCUUGUAAAAUUCGUUAGUUUAAUUUUGACUAUUUCAAACAACAGAGCUGACUUUGCAAAGGUAGAAGCUGCUUAGUAGCAACACGCUAGUCUUCCCAUCAAAGGCCUGCUGUUCACAGGCUGCAACCUGGCCACUAUAUACACGACACAUCCAUCAGGUACAAAUAUUUGUAAGUGAACAUACACAGUUGGUCUAGUAAACAUCAAUAAGUCUAAACACCUGUAACUAGCACACUUCAAUUUAGGACAAGAGGUUUUUGUUUUGUUUUGCUUUACAUAUACAAAAUCCCACAAAUUUAAUGUGCGUUAAUAUCCAUGCAGUAAAUAAACGUUUUUACAAAUAGUUCUUUUAAAUGAUAAAAAUAUUACACUGGACCCAAAAUUCCAUACAAACAAUAAUACAUGAUUUCUCAUCCAUUUUGACUAAAUAUAGGAUUACUGGAAAUGUGCUGUAGAAAGGCCACUCCUGUACAGUUGUGCAAAGUCUGCAAAACGAUAGUGAUUCAAUGGUGGUUUCAAAAGCAAAGAAAAAGAUCCCCGCUGUGGAGUUUUACUUUCUCCUCUACAGCAAAAAUAUUCACUGGCAUAUAUCUGAACUCUUAAAGAUGUAAGUACAUUCACUGAGCUGUACAGGCAACAGUAUAAAGCUGAUUAGAAGAUUUUUAGGAUAUAGAAUAGUAAAGGAGGAUUCCUUCCUCCUAACAAAACAGCAAAUUGUGACUUGUACGUUAUGCAGCCAGACACUAAAAAGCAGCACAGUCAUUUUCAUGCUGUGAUCACUUUCAAAAUACGAGAUGCUUAUAAAUGGAAAUAUAUGAAGAGGACUUUUCAUAGACUUCAUCCACUCUAUAGAACAACUCAUGAUGCUAGGAAAAACUUCUAAAUUGUUUCUGUCAUAUAAUUCAAUGUGACACCUUAGUGACCACUGCCCUUGUGCUCCUUAGAAGUACAUCGUUUGCAACAUUGUUUUCUACAACACACAUAUGCCUGUAACUAAAUGUAUUGUACUUCCCUGCCUGAAGUAUAGUUAUGAAAGUUUAGCAGACUAGGGGAAAAAUUGGAAACUGCCUGGAAAGUUGAUUCAUUUCAGUUUAUACCUUGUUGUCUUUUAAGAGUUAAGAGUUCAAAAACAUGAGUUUGGGCUGAAUAUAUAUAUA